CCUGCAGCAGGGAUACCACAGGAGCCUGCUUGCCAGGGCUCAGCUACCGCCUCCAGGAAUCUAGGACCAGAUCGGGGUCUGGGCAGCACCGGGACAUCGUCUAGCAUGGCAGUGCCGGGCAGCUGAAGGCCUCUGACCCACAGGCUGGGAAGUCGGAACCAAAAUUACCAAAGGAUUGGCAAGUGACAAGAAGGGAAUUCCUGGGGCGGUUCCUACCUGGACCAAAGUCCCAGAAAGAUGGAGAAGGAGGAAGAAGACACUCGGGAGGUUUUGCUCCCCGACUGGCAAGGCAGCGGCUCCCACGCCCUCACCAUCGACCAGACAGAGGAGGGUGUGUUUGUUAAACAGGUGAAGGAGGAUUUGCCAGCUGCCAAAGCAGGAGUCGUGAAAGAAGGGGAUCAGAUAAUGAGUGCUACAAUCUACUUUGACAACCUGCAGUCUGGAGAAGUCACAGAGAUCCUAAAAAACGUGGGCCACCACACCGUAGGCCUUCGGCUGCAAAGGAAAGGAGACCGGUCUCCAUUGCCGGGACAGACUUGGUCACACGACGUGUUUACCUCGAGGAGUCCAGAGGUUGUUCUGAGCGGGGACGAUGAAGAGUACCGACGGAUUUACACAACAAAAAUUAAGCCACGCCUUAAAUCAGAAGAUGGUAUGGAAGUUGAGCACACGGGAACCCAAAGCAGAACCAUCACAGUCACCAAGAGAGUUACCGCAUACACCGUUGACGUAACAGGGCGUGAAGGCGCCAAAGACAUUGACAUCACCAGCCCCGAAUUCAAAAUUAAGAUUCCAAAACAUGAACUCACCCACGUAUCCAAAGCAGAGAUUGAAACAGAGCCUGGAAAAACUGUGAUCAAGAUCCCACAUGGAGAUCUGUCAGGGAGAACCGUAUUUACGCAUUCUGGACCAGCAACAGAAUCACCCUCUAGGAAGUUGGACAUCGGAGUUCCUGAUAUCCGCAUGGAAAAACCCACAGUGGGGACAACUGAUAUUCGCAUCUCUGGGCCUCAUGUCGUAGGGAUGGAUCUGAGAACCCAGACGGACUUUAGGCCAUUAGAAGGCUCGGAAGCUGGUUUUCAUAUCACAGCCCCUGAAAUAAAUGGGAAAGGCCCCCGAAUUCAUGGUGGACUCACAGGCCCAAAAGUUGAUAUUCCUGUGUCAAGCAUUGAAGGCAGCAUUACAGCUCCUGAUCUCAGUGGUGAGAGCAAAGACAAAAUAACAUUUCCUGCAAUGAAAAUGCCUAAAUUUGGCAUAUCAUCGCCGGCUUCUUACUUUGAGGCUCCUCAACUUGAUGUAACGGCCCCAUCAAUGACACUCAAAGGCCCAGAGGGUUCUCUGAAAGGGCCCACAUGUACAGUGGGAGGACCUGGACUUGUACAGCCAAAGGUGGAUGUGGGCCUAAAAGGACCGGACUUGAAGGGUGGAGUGAAAGUUUCCCCUCCAUCUUUGGCAGGCCCCAAGGUUGAUAUCAAAGGGCCCAAGGUGGAUCUUGGGGCUCCGGACACCGGACUUGAAGUGGGUGGAGGAAACAUUAAAAUACCCCACAUGAAACUACCUAAAUUUUCUUCGUCAGACCCCACAGUGGCUGUGACUGUUCCUAAAGGGGGAAUUGAUAUCUCAGGACCCAAAGUGGAUAUUCAGUCUCCAAAUGUCAGUAUUGAUGCACACGUGAAAGGACCCAAGUUCGGCAAGCCUGAAAUGGUCGGUCAGAUACCCAGAAUCUCUAUGGCCGAUGUUGACUUGAACCUCAAGGGCCCCAAAGUGAAAGGAGCCAUGGAUAUUUCAGGGCCAAAAUUGGAAGGAGGCUUGAAAGGGCCUGGCAUGGAUGUUAAGGGUCCCAAGCUAGAUAUCAAAGUUCCAGAUGUUGACCUCGGGGGUAGCUUAAAAGGUCCCAAAGUCUCUAUGCCAUCCUUGAAAACAUCACCAGUAAAAACAGCUUUGCCAGAUGUGGACUUGAAUUUGAAAGGGUCAAAACUAACUGGAGAUGUGGAUGUUUCCAUGCCAAAGAUAAAAGGUGACAUCAAGGGGCCCCAGGUUGAUAUCAAAGGGCCCAAAAUGGACAUAGAUGCUCCUGCCAUUGGCAUCAAAGGCCCCGGUGGACAACUGAAAGGUCCACACAUCAAAAUGCCAGAAAUGUACGUCAAAACUCCUCAAAUAUCCAUGCCAGACAUCGACCUGAACUUGAAAGGUUCUAAAAUCAGGGGGGAUGUGGAAGGAGAACUGAAAGGCCCAGCUGUCGCUAUCAAAGGCCCCAGAUUGGACAUCGGUGCACCAGAUGUUGAACUUCAAGGACCAGAACUCAAAAUGCCUAAAAUGAAACUGCCUAAAUUUGGUGUGAAAGGUGAAGUCCCCACUGUUGAUGUCACUCUUCCAAAGGGAAAUGUAGGUGUUUCAGACCCUGGAAUAAAAAUAGAAGCUCCUAGUUUGGACAUCAAAGGCCCUGGAGGACAACUGAAAGGUCCCCAUGUCAAGAUGCCAGAAAUGCAUGUCAAAACUCCUCAGCUAUCUAUGCCAGACAUCGAUUUGAACCUGAAAGCUCCCAAAAUCAAAGGGGAUGUUGAUGUUUCCAUUCCAAAAGUGGAAGGAGAAUUGAAAGGCCCAGCUGUCAAUAUCAAAGGGCCCAAACUAGAUGCCAGUGCACCAGAUGUUGAGCUCCAAGGAUCAGAACUCAAAAUGCCCAAACUCAAAAUGCCCAAAUUUGGCAUGCCAGGCUUCAAAGCAGAGGCCCCUGAUGUAGAUGUCAGUCUUCCAAAGAGUGGCCUUGAAAUUUCAGGUCCCAAGGUGGGCAUAGAUGCUCCGAGCUUGGACAUUGAAGGACCUGAAGGCAAAAUUAAAGGUCCGAAAUUCAAGAUGCCUGGUCUAAAUAUUCAGGCACCAGAGAUCUCAGUACCAGAUGUGGACUUGAAUUUGAAAGGGCCCAACGUAAAGGGUGAUGUGGAACUUUCCAUGCCAAAGAUAAAAGGGGACAUCAAGGGGCCCCAGGUUGAUAUCAAAGGGCCCAAAAUGGACAUAGAUGCUCCUGCCAUUGGCAUCAAAGGCCCCGGUGGACAACUGAAAGGUCCACACAUCAAAAUGCCAGAAAUGCACGUCAAGACCCCUCAGAUAUCCAUCCCAGACAUUGACUUGAACUUGAAAGGCUCAAAAAUCAAGGGGGGUAUGUCCAUUCCAACGGUAGAAGGAGAAAUGAAAGGCCCAGCUGUUGAUAUCAAAGGGCCCAAACUGGAUGUGGGCAUGCCAGUAGUUGAACUUCAGGGACCGGAACUCAAAAUGCCUAAAAUGAAACUGCCUAAAUUUGGUGUGAAAGGUGAAGUCCCCACUGUUGAUGUCACUCUUCCAAAGGGAAAUGUAGGUGUUUCAGACCCUGGAAUACAAAUAGAAGCUCCUAGUUUGGACAUCAAAGGCCCUGGAGGACAACUGAAAGGUCCCCAUGUCAAGAUGCCAGAAAUGCAUGUCAAAACUCCUCAGAUAUCUAUGCCAGACAUCAAUUUGAACCUGAAAGCCCCCAAAAUCAAAGGGGAUGUCGAUGUUUCCAUUCCAAAGGUGGAAGGAGAAUUGAAAGGCCCAGCUGUCGAUAUCAAAGGGCCCAAACUAGAUGCCAGUGCACCAGAUGUUGAGCUCCAAGGACCAGAACUCAAAAUGCCUAAACUCAAAAUGCCCAAAUUUGGCAUGCCAGGCUUCAAAGCAGAGGCCCCUGAUUUAGAUGUCAGUCUUCCAAAGGGUGGCCUUGAAAUUUCAGGUCCCAAGGUGGGCAUAGAUGCUCCAAGCUUGGACAUUGAAGGACCUGAAGGCAAAAUUAAAGGUCCCAAACUCAAGAUGCCAGAAAUGAAUAUUAAAACUCCUAAGAUCUCUAUGCCAGACAUUGAUUUGAACCUGAAAGGGCCAAAAGUGAAAGGGGAUCUGGAUAUCACUAUGCCAAAAGUGGAAGGUGAAUUGAAAGGUCCUGGAAUUGAUAUCAAGGGGCCCAAAGUUGAUGUUGAUAUGCCAGAUGUCGAUCUUCAGGGUCCUGAAGGAAAGCUGAAGAUGCCUAAGUUGAAAAUGCCGAAAUUUGGCAUGCCUGGCUUCAAAGCAGACCUUCCUGAUGUAGAUGUCAGUCUUCCAAAGGGUAAAAUUGAUGUUUCUGGUCCCAGAGUAGACAUUGAAGGCCCUGACUUGGAUGUUGAAGGCCCAGAAGGGAAAAUUAAAGCCCCCAAAUUCAAGAUGCCAGAAAUGAAUAUCAAAGCUCCUAAAGUAUCUGUGCCAGACAUUGACCUGAAUUUAAAAGGCCCCAAGCUCAAAGGAGAUGUAGAUAUUUCUGUUCCAAAGUUAGAAGGUGACAUCAAAGGUCCUGAAAUUGACAUCAAAGGACCUAAAAUGGAUAUAAAUGUCCCAGAUGUUGAUCUUCAUGGGCCUGAAGGGAAGCUGAAAAUGCCGAAAUUCAAAAUGCCAAAAUUUGGAAUGCCUGGUUUCAAAGCAGAAGGCCCAGAUGUAAAACUUCCAAAGGCAGACGUUGGUAUUUCUGCACCUAAGCUAGACAUCGAAGCUCCUGAGUUAGACAUUGAAGGACCUGAAGGGAAAGUUAAAGGUUCCAAGUUUAAGAUGCCUGACCUAAAUAUACAUGCACCCAAGCUCUCUAUGCCUGAUGUAGAUUUGAAUUUGAAAGGCCCUAAACUGAAAGGGGAUAUGGAUAUUUCUGGGCUGAAGAUAGAAGGUGAACUGAAAGGGCCUCAUGUCGACAUUGAGGGUCCUAACGUGGAUGUCGACAUACCUGAUGUGGACCUGGAGUACCCCGAAGGGAAAAUCAAAGGUUCCAAAUUUAAGAUGCCAAAACUAAAUAUUAAGGCUCCUAAAAUCUCUAUGCCUGACAUAGAUCUGAAUCUCAAGGCCCCCAAAAUGAAAGGUGAAAUGGAUGUGACUGUUCCAAAGAUUGAGGGUGAACUGAAAGGAACCAGCAUUGAUGUCAAAGGCCCACAGCUGGAUGUUGAUCUCCCAGACAUUGAUCUUGAAGGUCCAGAGGCCAAGCUGAAGAUGCCAAAGAUGAAACUACCCAAAUUUGGCAUGCCUGGGUGGAAAGGGGAAGGUCCGGAUGUUGAUGUGAGCCUUCCUAAAGGAGGCUUAGACAUUUCGGGACCAAACGUGGAAAUUGGUGCUCCUGAUGUUGAGAUGGAAGGCCCUGAAGGAAAAAUAAAAGGACCCAAAUUUAAAAUGCCUGAAAUGCAUUUCAAAACACCGAAAAUCUCCAUGCCAGAUAUUGACUUGAAUUUGAAAGGCCCUAAAUUUAAGGGAGACUAUGAUGUUUCUGUGCCCAAACUGGAAGGAGAACUGAAGGGUCCUGCCCUUGAUAUCCAUGGACCCACAGUUGACAUAAGUGGUCCAGAUGUUGAUCUGCAAAGUGGGGGAAAAUUGAAAAUGCCAAAAUUAAAGAUGCCCCAUUUUAGCAUGUCAGGCCCCAAGCUUGAAGGCCCUGAUCUAGAUGUGAGUUUGCCGAAAGGAGAAGUCGACAUUACAGGUCCGAAAAUAGAUGUGCAAGCUCCUGAAUUAGAUAUUGAAGGCCCUGAAGGGAAGCUGAAAGGUCCCAAAUUUAAGAUGCCAAAACUCAAUCUCAAAGCGCCUAAAAUCUCCAUGCCAGAUGUAGACUUGAACCUCAAGGCACCAGGAGGAAAAGGGGAGAUGGAUGUCACUCUUCCAGAUAUUGAAGGCAAUCUGAAAGGACCCCAAGUUGACAUCAAGGGUCCCACGCUGGAUGUCGAAGCACCUGACUUUGAUUUACAGGGCCCUGAAGGAAAACUGAAAGGACCUAAAUUUAAGAUGCCAGAUAUGAACAUCAAGGCUCCCAAAAUCUCUAUGCCAGAUAUUGAUUUAAAUCUGAAAGGGCCUAAAUUCAAGGGUGAUGUAGAUAUUUCAGCACCCAAGCUAGAAGGUGAAUUGAAAGGUCCUGCGAUUGACAUCAAAGCCCCCAAACUGGACAUCUACACACCAGAUGUUGAGCUACAGGGGCCUGAAGGGAAACUGAAAAUGCCCAAAUUAAAAAUGCCCAAAUUUGGAGUUCCUGGUUUCAAAGGCGAAGCCCCAGAUGUGGAUGUCAGCUUUCCAAAAGCAGAUAUUGAAAUUUCUGGUCCCAAGGUUGACAUUGAAGCACCAAGUGUGGACAUUGAAGGCCCAGAAGGAAAAGUGAAAGGGCCAAAGUUUAAGAUGCCCGAGAUGCAUUUUAAAGCUCCCAAACUCUCCAUGCCAGAUGUUGACUGGAAUUUGAAAGGUCCUAAAUUUAAGGGAGACUAUGAUGUUUCAGUGCCAAAGCUUGAAGGUGACCUGAAAGGACCAGAAAUUGACAUCAAGGGUCCCAAGCUGGAUAUUGAAGCACCAGAUGUUGACCUUCAUGGGCCUGAAGGGAAAUUGAAGAUGCCGAAAUUUAAAAUGCCCAAGUUUGGAAUGCCAGGUUUUAAAGCUGAAGGGCCAGAUGUGGACGUGAGCCUUCCCAAAGCAGACCUUGAUGUUUCUGUUCCUAAAGUUGACAUUGAAGCACCAAGCGUGGACAUUGAAGGACCAGAAGGAAAUCUGAAAGGGCCAAAGUUUAAGAUGCCAGGAAUGCACAUCAAGGCCCCAAAAAUCUCUAUGCCAGACAUUGAUUUGAACCUAAAAGGACCUAAAAUCAAGGGUGAUGUGGAUGUUUCAACCCCCAAACUAGAAGGUGAUUUGAAGGGACCAGAAAUUGACAUCAGGGGUCCCAAGCUGGAUAUCGAAGUACCAGACGUUGACCUUCAUGGCCCUGAAGGGAAGCUGAAGAUGCCUAAAUUCAAAAUGCCUAAAUUUGGAAUGCCUGGAUUCAAAGCAGAAGGCCCAGAUGUGGACGUAAGCCUUCCCAAAGCUGACCUUGAUAUUUCUGCACCAAAAGUUGACAUUGAAGCACCAAGUUUGGACAUUGAAGGCCCAGAAGGAAAAGUGAAAGGGCCAAAGUUUAAGAUGCCUGAUAUGCAUUUUAAAGCCCCUAAACUCUCCAUGCCGGAUGUUGAUCUUAAUUUGAAAGGCCCCAAGUUGAAAGGAGAAUUUGAUGUUUCUGCUCCAAAACUGGAAGGUGACUUGAAAGGUCCAGAUGUAGAUAUCAAGGGCCCCAGACUAGACAUUGAUGCUCCUGACGUUGAGAUUGGAGGCCCUGAAGGAAAGUGGAAAACUCCUAAAUUCAAGAUGCCAGAAAUGCACUUCAAGACACCCAAAAUCUCCAUGCCAGAUUUUGAUUUGAAAGGUCCUAAAGUGAAAGGAGAUGUGGAUGUGUCUGUACCAAAGGUGGAAGGAGAUCUGAAAGGCCCUGAUGUUGAUAUCAAAGGGCCAAAAUUGGACAUUGAUGCUCCUGACAUUAACAUUGAAGGGCCAGAAGGAAAAUGGAAAAGUCCUAAGUUUAAGAUGCCAGAAAUGCAUAUCAAGGCUCCUAAGAUUUCUAUGCCAGAUAUUGAUUUAAGUCUCCGAGGCCCUAAGGUCAAGGGUGAUAUGGAUGUGUCUGUACCAAAGCUGGAAGGUGAGCUGAAGGCCCCAGAAGUGGAUAUCAAAGGACCCAGCUUGGGUGUUGAUCUUCCUGAUGUUGACCUAGAAGGGCCUGAAGGGAAACUGAAAGGUCCAAAAUUUAAGAUGCCUGAGAUGCAUUUUAAAGCUCCCAAAAUUUCCAUGCCAGAUUUUGACCUAGGCUUCAAGGGUCCUAAAGUGAAAGGGGAUAUAGAUGUUUCUCUACCAAAGGUAGAAGGGGAUCUAAAAGGACCAGAAGUUGAUAUCAAGGGUCCUAAAGUUGAUGUGGAUAUUCCUGAUGUUGACAUUGAAGGACCAGAAGGAAAACUGAAAGGUCCCAAAUUUAAGAUGCCUGAAAUGCAUUUUAAUGUUCCUAAAAUUUCCAUGCCAGACAUUGAUUUGAAUUGGAGAGGCCCUAAAGUUAAAGGGGAAGCCGAUAUUUCUGUACCUAAACUUGAGGGUGACUUGAAAGGCCCUGAUGUUGAUAUCAAGGGUCCUAAGCUGGAUGUUAAUGUUCCUGAUGUUGAAAUUGAAGGUCCUGAAGGGAAAUGGAAAAGCCCCAAAUUUAAGAUGCCUGAAAUGCACAUCAAAGCACCCAAAAUAUCUAUGCCAGAUUUUGACUUGAACCUCAAGGGCCCCAAACUGAAGGGGGAUGCAGAUGUUUCUUUGCCAAACUUAGAGGGAGAACUGAAAGGAACAGAUGUUGAUAUCACAGGCCCCAAGUUAGACAUUGAUGCUCCUGAUGUUAAUUUAGAAGGUCCAGGGGGAAAGGUUAAAGGCCCCAAAUUUAAGAUGCCAGAGAUGCACAUCAAAGCCCCCAAAAUUUCAAUGCCAGACAUCAAAGCCCCCAAACUCUCAAUGCCAGAUGUUGAUUUGAAUUUGAAAGGCCCUAAACUGAAGGGAGAUGUUGACAUUUCAAUCCCAAAACUAGAAGGUGAUCUGAAAGGCCCAGAAGUGGAUGUCAAGGGGCCAAAACUGGACAUUGAUGCUCCUGGGGUUGAGAUUGAAGGCCCUGAAGGAAAAUGGAAAGGUCCUAAGUUUAAGAUGCCUGAAAUGCACAUUAAAGCACCCAAAAUCUCUAUGCCAGAUUUUGAUCUGAAUCUGAAAGGUCCCAAAUUGAAAGGUGAUGUGGAUUUUCCAAAACUAGAAGGUGAUCUGAAAGGCCCAGACAUUGAUAUUAAAGGUCCUAAGUUGGAUGCAGAUGUUCCUAGCAUGGACAUUGAAGGUCCAGAAGGCAAACUGAAAGGUCCAAAAUUCAAGAUGCCUGAAAUGAAUAUCAAAGCCCCCAAGAUCUCCAUGCCAGAUAUUGAUCUGAAUUUGAAAGGACCCAAGUGGAAAGGAGAUGUGGAUGUUUCACUACCAAAGGUGGAAGGUGAAUGGAAAGGACCUGACAUUGACUUAAAAGGACCCAAGUUGGACAUUGAUGCACCCGAUGUUGACCUUCAUGGCCCAGAGGGCAAACUGAAGAUGCCAAAGUUCAAAAUGCCCAAAUUUGGAAUGCCCAGUUUCAAAGCGGAAGGUCCUGAAGUUGAUCUAAAUCUCCCAAAAGGAGACAUUGACAUAUCUGCUCCGAAGGUGGACAUAGAAGGCCCUGAAUUGGACAUUGAAGGUCCGGAAGGCAAAGUUAAAGGCCCUAAAUUUAAGAUGCCAGAAAUGCACAUCAAAGCACCCAAAAUCUCCAUGCCAGAUUUUGAUCUCAAUUUAAAAGGUCCAAAACUCAAGGGGGAUGUGGAUGUUUCUGUUCCCAAGUUGGAAGGAGACUUAAAAUGUCCUGAUGUUGACAUCAAAGCCCCCAAACUGGACAUUGAUGCACCAGAUGUUGAAUUACAUGGACCGGAAGGGAAACUGAAGAUGCCAAAAUUCAAAAUGCCCAAAUUUGGAAUGCCCAGCUUCAAAGGGGAAGGUCCUGAAGUUGAUGUAAAUCUCCCGAAAGAAGACAUUGAUAUUGCUGCUCCAAAGGUGGACAUUGAAGGCCCUGAGUUGGACAUUGAAGGUCCAGAAGGCAAAAUUAAAGGUCCCAGAUUUAAGAUGCCAGAAAUGCACAUCAAGGCACCCAAAAUCUCUAUGCCAGAUGUUGACUUGAAUUUGAAGGGGCCAAAAUUGAAAGGAGAUGUGGAUGUUUCACUACCAAAGGUUGAAGGUGAAUGGAAAGGACCUGACAUUGACAUCAAAGGACCCAAGAUGGACAUUGAUGCACCCGAUGUUGACCUUCAUGGCCCAGAGGGCAAACUGAAGAUGCCAAAAUUCAAAAUGCCCAAAUUUGGAAUGCCCAGCUUCAAAGGGGAAGGUCCUGAAGUUGAUGUAAAUCUCCCGAAAGGAGACAUUGAUAUUGCUGCUCCAAAGGUGGACAUUGAAGGCCCCGAAUUGGACAUUGAAGGUCCAGAAGGCAAACUGAAAGGUCCAAAAUUCAAGAUGCCUGAAAUGAAUAUCAAAGCCCCCAAAAUCUCAAUGCCAGAUAUUGAUCUGAAUUUGAAAGGACCCAAGUUGAAAGGAGAUGUGGAUGUUUCUCUACCAAAAGCAGAAGGUGAAUGGAAAGGACCUGACAUAGACAUCAAAGGACCCAAGCUGGACAUUGAUGCACCCGAUGUUGACCUUCAUGGCCCAGAGGGCAAACUGAAGAUGCCAAAGUUCAAAAUGCCCAAAUUUGGAAUGCCCAGCUUCAAAGGGGAAGGUCCUGAAGUUGAUGUAAAUCUCCCGAAAGGAGACAUUGAUAUUGCUGCUCCAAAGGUGGACAUUGAAGGCCCUGAAUUGGACAUUGAAGGUCCAGAAGGAAAAAUUAAAGGUCCCAGAUUUAAGAUGCCAGAAAUGCACAUCAAGGCACCCAAAAUCUCUAUGCCAGAUGUUGACUUGAAGGGGCCAAAAUUGAAAGGAGAUGUGGAUGUUUCACUACCAAAGGUUGAAGGUGAAUGGAAAGGACCUGACAUUGACAUCAAAGGACCCAAGUUGGACAUUGAUGCACCAGAUGUUGACCUUCAUGGCCCAGAAGGCAAGCUCAAAAUGCCCAAAUUUAAAAUGCCCAAAUUUGGAAUGCCCAGCUUCAAAGGGGAAGGUCCUGAAGUUGAUGUAAAUCUCCCGAAAGGAGACAUUGAUAUUGCUGCUCCAAAGGUGGACAUAGAAGGCCCCGAAUUAGACAUUGAAGGCCUGGAAGGCAAAGUUAAAGGCCCCAAAUUUAAGAUGCCAGAAAUGCACAUCAAGGCACCCAAAAUCUCUAUGCCAGAUGUUGACUUGAACUUGAAGGGGCCAAAAUUGAAAGGAGAUGUGGAUGUUUCACUACCAAAGGUUGAAGGUGAAUGGAGAGGACCUGACAUUGAUAUGAAAGGACCAAAGUUGGACAUUGAUGCACCUGAUGUUGACCUUCAGGGCCCAGAAGCCAAAUUGAAAAUGCCAAAAUUCAAAAUGCCUAAAUUCAGCAUGCCAGGUUUCAAAGGGGAAGGCCCUUCAGUGGAUGUGAGUCUUCCCAAAGGGGAAUUGGAAGUAUCUGGCCCCAAAGUAGACAUUGAAACACCUGAUUUAGAAAUUGAAGGCCCUGAAGGGAAAAUCAAGGGUCCAAAGUUUAAGAAACCUGAAAUGCACUUUAAUGUUCCAAAAAUCUCAAUGCCAGAUAUUGACUUGAAUUUGAAAGGCCCAAAACUGAAGGGAGAUCUAGAAGGUGAUAUUAAAGGUCCAAGCGUUGAAUUGAAAGGGCCUGACAUUGACUUGGAGACUCCAAAAAUUGAAAUUGAAGGAAAGCCAAAGAAAUCAAGAUUCAAGCUUCCCAAGUUUAGCUUUUCAAGCUCUAAAGGUCACACCCCAGAGGUUGAUGUAAAGCUUAAAAAACCAGAUGUUGAUAUAUCAGGACCCAAAGUCGAUGUUCAAGCUCCAGAUGUUGAUGUCCAUGGGAAAGCAAAAGGUCCUAAAUUUAAAAUGCCUUCCUUGAACAUUUCUUCACCUAAAGUUUCAAUGCCUGAUGUGGAAUUAAAUUUAAAAGGGCCUAAAUUAAAAGGCGACUUGGAUGUUUCUGUACCAAGCCUGGAAGGAGAUUUGAAAGGUCCUGAUCUUGACAUCAAAGGCCCCAAGGUGGACAUUGAUGCACCAGAUGUUGAUCUCCAUGGACCAGAGGGCAAACUUAAAAUGCCCAAAUUUAGAAUGCCCAAAUUUGGUAUGCCUGGCUUCAAAGGAGAAGGUCCUGAGGUGGAUGUAAAUCUUCCCAAAGCAAACAUUGAUGUUUCUGGUCCCAAACUGGAUGUUGAAGCUCCUGACUUAGAUAUAGAAGGGCCGGAGGGGAAGAUCAAAGGCCCCAAAUUGAAGAUGCCAGAAAUGCAUUUCAAUGUUCCCAAGAUUUCUAUGCCAGACAUAGAUUUGAACUUGAAGGGACCCAAGCUGAAAGGAGAUAUCGAUGUUUCAGCACCAAAGUUGGAAGGGGACUUAAAAGGCCCUGAUGUUGACAUCAAGGGCCCGAAACUGGACAUUGACCUACCUGAGGCUGACAUUGAAGGCCCAGAAGGAAAACUCAGAGGGCCCAAGUUUAAAAUGCCCGACAUGCAUUUUAAAACACCUAAAAUCUCCAUGCCAGAUUUCGACUUGAAUCUGAAAGGCCCCAAAGUAAAGGGAGAUGUGAAUGUUUCAAUUCCAAAACUGGAGGGUGACCUCAAAGGGCCGGAAGUAGAUAUCAAAGGUCCCAAAAUGGAUGUUGAUGUUCCUGAUGUUGAUAUCGAAGGGCCUGAUGGAAAGCUAAAGGGACCCAAAUUUAAGAUGCCUGAUAUGCAUUUUAAAGCUCCCAAAAUCUCCAUGCCAGAUUUCGAUUUGAAUCUGAAAGGCCCUAAAGUAAAGGGAGAUGUGGACAUAUCUGUGCCAAAGUUGGAAGGUGAUUUGAAAGGCCCUGAUGUUGAUAUCAAAGGACCGAAGUUGGAUGUGGAGAUGCCUGAUGUUGACAUCGAAGGUCCAGAAGGAAAAUGGAAAAGUCCUAAAUUUAAAAUGCCAGAAAUGAACAUAAAAGCCCCUAAAAUCUCUAUGCCUGAUGUGGAUUUCAAUCUGAAAGGCCCCAAGCUGAAAGGAGACCUAGAUGUUUCAGCACCUAAACUGGAAGGGGAUUUGAAAGGACCAGAAAUCGACAUCAAGGGUCCCAAGCUGGAUAUUGAAGCACCAGACGUUGACCUUCAUGGUCCUGAAGGGAAGCUGAAGAUGCCGAAAUUCAAAAUGCCCAAAUUCGGAAUGCCUGGUUUCAAAGCAGAAGGCCCAGAUGUGGACGUGAGCCUUCCCAAAGCAGACCUUGAUGUUUCUAUUCCUAAAGUUGACAUUGAAGCACCGAGUUUGGACAUUGAAGGCCCAGAAGGAAAAGUGAAGGGGCCGAAGUUUAAGAUGCCUGAUAUGCAUUUUAAAGCCCCCAAAUUCUCUAUGCCAGACUUUGACUUGAAUCUGAAAGGCCCUAAAGUGAAAGGAGAUGUGGACGUGUCUGUGCCAACACUGGAAGGUGACCUGAAAGGUCCAGAUAUAGAUAUCAAGGGCCCCAAACUAGACUUUGAUGCUCCUGAUGUUGACAUCGAAGGUCCAGAAGGAAAAUGGAAAAGUCCUAAAUUUAAAAUGCCAGAAAUGAACAUAAAAGCCCCUAAAAUCUCUAUGCCUGAUGUGGAUUUCAAUCUGAAAGGCCCCAAGCUGAAAGGAGACCUAGAUGUUUCAGCGCCUAAACUGGAAGGGGAUUUGAAAGGACCAGAAAUCGACAUCAAGGGUCCCAAGCUGGAUAUUGAAGCACCAGACGUUGACCUUCAUGGCCCUGAGGGAAAAUUGAAGAUGCCAAAAUUCAAAAUGCCCAAGUUUGGAAUGCCUGGUUUCAAAGCUGAAGGGCCAGAUGUGGACGUGAGCCUUCCCAAAGCAGACCUUGAUGUUUCUAUUCCUAAAGUUGACAUUGAAGCACCGAGUUUGGACAUUGAAGGCCCAGAAGGAAAAGUGAAAGGGCCGAAGUUUAAGAUGCCUGAUAUGCAUUUUAAAGCCCCCAAAUUCUCUAUGCCAGACUUUGACUUGAAUCUGAAAGGCCCCAAAGUGAAGGGAGAUGUAGACGUGUCUGUGCCAAAGUUGGAAGGUGACUUGAAAGGCCCUGAUGUUGAUAUCAAGGGACCGAAGCUGGAUGUGGAGAUGCCCGACGUAGACAUUGAAGGUCCAGAAGGAAAAUGGAAAAGUCCUAAAUUUAAGAUGCCAGAAAUGAACAUUAAAGCACCUAAUAUCUCCAUGCCUGAUGUGGAUUUCAAUCUGAAAGGCCCCAAGCUGAAAGGAGACCUAGAUGUUUCAGCGCCUAAACUGGAAGGGGAUUUGAAAGGACCAGAAAUCGACAUCAAGGGUCCCAAGCUGGAUAUUGAAGCACCAGACGUUGACCUUCAUGGCCCUGAGGGAAAAUUGAAGAUGCCAAAAUUCAAAAUGCCCAAAUUCGGAAUGCCUGGUUUCAAAGCAGAAGGCCCAGAUGUGGACGUAAGCCUUCCCAAAGCUGACCUUGAUGUUUCUAUUCCUAAAGUUGACAUUGAAGCGCCGUGUUUGGACAUUGAAGGCCCAGAAGGAAAAGUGAAGGGGCCGAAGUUUAAGAUGCCUGAUAUGCAUUUUAAAGCCCCCAAAUUCUCUAUGCCAGACUUUGACUUGAAUCUGAAAGGCCCUAAAGUGAAAGGAGAUGUGGAUGUGUCUGUGCCAACACUGGAAGGUGACCUGAAAGGUCCAGAUAUAGAUAUCAAGGGCCCCAAACUAGACAUUGAUGCUCCUGAUGUUGACAUUGAAGGUCCAGAAGGAAAAUGGAAAAGUCCUAAAUUUAAAAUGCCAGAAAUGCACUUUAAGGCACCAAAAAUCUCUAUGCCAGAUAUGAACUUAAACCUGAAAGGCCCUAAAGUAAAAGGAGAUGUGGAUGUUUCUGUCCCAAAGAUCGAAGGAGAUUUAAAAGGUCCUGAGAUUGACAUCAAAGGACCUCAGAUUGGUGCUCCUGAUAUUGAUAUUGAAGGACCAGAUGGGAAACUGAAAGGUCCUAAAUUUAAAAUGCCUGAAAUGAAUAUCAAAGCUCCAAAAAUCUCCAUGCCGGAUGUAGACUUCAACCUGAAAGGCCCAAAAUUGAAAGGGGACAUGGACUUGGACGUUUCACUCCCAAAGAUGGGAGGUGACUUGAAGGGACCGGAUGUUGAUAUAAAAGGGCCAAAAUUGGAUGUUCAGGUACCUGAUGUUGAGCUGGAAUGUCCUGAAGGAAAGCUGAAAGGUCCGAAAUUUAAGAUGCCUGAAAUGCAUUUUAAAACACCGAAAAUCUCCAUGCCAGAUUUUGACUUGAAUUUGAAAGGUCCCAAAAUGAAGGGAGACCUAGAUGUGUCUGUGCCACAGGUUGAAGGUGGUUUGGAAGGACCAGAUGUCAAUAUUAAAGGGCCAAAACUGGACAUUGACACUCCUGAUUUUGACCUCAAGGGUCCAGAAGGGAAACUGAAAGGCCCCAAGCUUAAGAUGCCUGAAAUGCACAUUAAAGCUCCCCAGAUCUCCAUGCCUGAUAUAGAUCUCAACCUGAAAGGACCUCAGAUGAAAGGGGAUUUAAAAGGUCCAGAAAUUGACCUCAAAGGCCCUAAAGUUGACAUUGGUACUCCUGAUGUUGAUAUUCAUGGCCCAGAAGGAAAAGUAAAGUUUCCCAAAAUGAAGCUCCCCAAAUUUGGCAUGCCUGGGUUCAAAGGAGAAGGACCUGAUAUGGAUGUGAAUCUGCCUAAAGGAGAAUAUGGAAUGUCAGGUCCCAAAGUCAACAUUGAAGGUCCCAGCUUGGAUAUUGAAGGACCAGAAGGACAACUCAAAGGCCCCAAAUUCAAAAUGCCUGAAAUGCAUUUCAAGACGCCCCAAAUCUCUAUGCCAGAGAUCGACUUAAAUCUGAAAGGACACAAGGUGAAAGGUGAUAUGGAUAUUCCCAAGAUUGAGGGCAAUUUAAAAGGUCCGGGGAUUGAUAUUCAAGGCCCAGGAAUUGAGGCAAAAGGUCCAGAAAUUGACCUGGAGUGUCCUGAUGUAAAUAUUGAAGGGCCAGAAGGAAAUGUUAAACUCCCCAAAUUUAAAAUGCCAAAAUUUGGGUUUGGAGCAAAAAGCCCCAAAGCAGACGUAAAAUCUCCCACUGUGGACAUCUCUCUUCCAGAAGGCGAAUUGAAUGUUGAGUCUCCUGAUAUCAACCUAUCUGGCAAAGGGAAGAAAAGCAAAUUCAAGAUGCCCAAAAUACAUAUGAGUGGGCCUAAGAUUAAAGGCAAAAAGGCUGGCUUUGAUGUGAGUGAAGAGAUGAGUGCAGGUGUGAAAUCACCCGAUUUAGAAGGAAGUCUCUCUGCCCCAGAUGCAUCACUAAAAGGGGACAUUAACAUUAAGUCGCCCAAGGGAAAGAAACCUAUGUUUGGGAAACUCUCUUUCCCCGAUGUCGAAUUUGAUAUAAAGUCACCCAUGUUUAAGGCCGAUGCUUCUUUGCCAAAGGUGGAAGGAGAAAUUGGGACACCAGGAAUAGACGUUUCAUUACCAUCUGUAAAAUCACCAGGUCUUGACGUUACUGUUCCAAGCGCAAGUGCCAAUCUCCCCGAUGUUAAUAUUGGAGGUCCUGAUAUCAAUCUUAAGAAACCGAAGUUCAAACUCUCAAGUGGGCAUGUAGACCUGGCUGGCCCCAAACUGGAAGGAGACAUCAGAGUGCCAAGUAUCGAUGCAAAUGUUGCUGCUCCGGACAUCAGUCUGAAAGGUCCUUCAGUGAACCUACCGUCCGUGGACAUUUCUGCCCCUACUGUCUCAGCUCCUGAUCUUGAUUUUAAUUUGAAAGGACCAAAGCUAAAAGGUGAUGUUGAACUCCCCAAAGGAGAACUGCACGGCCCAGAAGGGAAACUGAAGCUCCCCAAGUUUGGUUUGCCAAAGAUCGGAAAACCAGGAGUGAAAUUAGAAGGGUCGGAGGUGGAUCUACAAGGACAACUGCCCUCGGCAAACAUUGAUGUUUCAGCCCCAAGUAUCAAAGAUGUGAAAGUUCCUGCAGUUGAUGUAAACUUGAAAGGACCAAAAUUAGGAGGAGACCUGGGUCUUUCGGGUGAUGUGAAAGGCCCAACAAUUGGAAUUGGGAUGCCAGAUGCUGACAUCGGUGGUUUUGAAGGGAAGUUUAAAAUGCCAAAGUCCCAAGGUCUAGAUGUCAGCUUGAAUGCUCCAGACCUAGAUGUGAAAGGACCGUCAAUGAAAGUGACUUCUGGAGGCGGCAUUUCUGCACCUGAUCUUGAUGUGAAUUUGAAAGGACCAAAGAUCAAAGGAGAUCUUGGCAUUUCUGGUGACAUUAAGUCUCCUAAAGUGGCUGUUGAGGUGCCCAGCGUUAACUUGGAAGGGUCUGGCAGUGGAAUUAAACUUCCUUCUCUUAAGCUUCCCCAGUUUGGCAUCUCCAGCUCUCGUGGUGAAGGUUCAAACCUUGAUGUGAAUAUUGCAGGACCACAAAUCAAAGGGCCUGAAGUAGAAUUCAAAGGGCCUAACAUUUCUGUUCCAGCGGUUUCCACCUCAGACGUUGACUUGAACUUGAAAGGACCAAGCUUCAAAGGCGAUGUUAAUAUUUCUGGUGACAUGAAAGGUCCAAAAAUUGAAGUACCGGGUGUGAAAGUUUCUGGCAUGGACUGGGAUGCUGGUAUUCCUGAUGUCAGUUUGAGAGGACCCUCACUCAAUGUGUCAGCUCCCAAAGUUUCCGGACCAGACUUUGACAUAAAUUUGAAAGGGCCUAAGGUCAAAGGAGAUCUUGAUGUUUCUAGAGAUGUCAAAACUCCAGAGCUAAGUUUCGGCAUGCAAGGGGCAGGAGGCUUUCAGGUUUCUGGACCAAAAGGGGGUGGUGAUCUGAAAGGUCCCAGAUUAGAACUCAAGGGUCCUUCUGUUGGGGUGAAGGUUCCACAAGGCCAUUUCGAAAGCCCAUCUGGAAAAGUGUCGUUCCCUAAGAUGAAAAUACCAAAGUUUGUGGUAACAGGGCAGGAGUUGACAGGAAGGGAGGUUGGGGUGGACGUUGAUUUCCCACAGGCACCAGAAGCAAGUCUUCCUGCUGGGACAAUGAAUGUUGAACUAGAAGAGCCUGACAUUAAGCUUAAGAAAUCCAAAAUUAAAAUGCCAAAGUUUGCUUUCUCCAAACCGAAGGUCAAAGGCAGCGUUGGGUCCCCAGAAGUCUCUGUUUCAGGGGGUGAGGGAGAGCUAAAGGCUAGUUUGGGUUCUUUGGAGGGUGACUUGGAAGUAGGUGAAGCAACUGCCUCUCCCAAAGGGAAAUUCUCCUUUUUUAAGACCAAAAAGUCACGUCACCGGUCAUCGUCCUUCAGCGACGAGCAUUCCUCACAUUCGACGCCAACCGGUACUCUGGAGCACGAGAGCAAGCAUGCCAAACUGAAAUUUGGUACCUUUGGGGGGAUAGGGUCAAAAUCUAAAGGUUCUUAUGAGGUAACAGGAAGUGACGAUGAGGGAAAGACGCAGGGGAGUGGAGUGUCGCUAGCGUCCAAGAAGUCUCGGCUGUCUUCCUCCUCGAGUAACGACAGCGGGACAAAGGCUGGAUUUCGAAUGCCAGCAGUAGAGUUGACUGUGGCAAAGAAGAAAGAAUAAAAUCAGGGGCGGGGAAUCUCAUGUACAUAUUGUCUGUGUAUAUAUAUCUCUUUACCUUCUGUGUGUGUAUAUAAAUUUUACUAGCUUGAAAUACUCAGCAAUAAAAUAGGUGAUGCCCAGUGAAAUAGUAGGCCUUAACCGAAAAACGACUACUGUUUUACUGUGAUCAGGGAGGUCUCCACCAACACGUUUCUAUCUUCCAUAGAUAUAUAUCUGACAGAAACUGGUACAGCUGCUCUUUUGGUUAAGUCCUAAAUGGCGGUAUGGCAGUUGAAAGCCCAAUCAAUUUCUAAGAAUGCACUACUCCACUUUCCCACAAUGCACUGCGCCCACAAGAAAACCGUGCCAAAUCAAACAGCAGAAAGACAAAGACUGCUUGGUGAAUCAGCUGUAGCUAUUUAAAUUAAUCAGUAUAAUUUGUGUCAAGGCUAAUUCUGAAUGACUUACCCAUUAAAGAGGAAGGGCCAGGAUCUUAUAUGAUAUUUAAAGCUGGGCCUUGAGGAAGAUGGAUGUACAGUUCCUCAGAUGUAUUUUGGAAGUUUUCUCUUGUGUUCAGAAUUAGGGUUUGCGCUUUGUAUGCUGAGAGCUUUACGUUUACUUUAGCAAGCUUUUUUAAAAAAAUAUAUUUUUUUCAUUUUGGUGAAUAUCUUCAGUGUUGAUCUGCUAUGGAAAGAUUUCCAUUUAAUGACGUUGUUGGCUUUCAUUUGCGGGGGGGGCUGAAAUUUCUAUCGUUAAAAAUGGAUGUAAUGAAAGGAAAACACUGUAAAAGUAUAUAGAUGCAACUGAGAUGUGUCAAAUUUGAAUCUCACAAGAUUUGUAUUGUCUCAAAAUGUUUUUAUUAGCUGGGAAAGGGGCAGAAAAAUGUCAGACACCCAUGGUUUAAUUUAAUUUAAGUUUUGCUGGGUAAAAGAAUAUUUUGCUAAAAUAAUUGAAAGCUAACUGUGUACAUUCUGACAUCAUCUUAGUUGUUUCCGUAUAUUUGACAUUCUUUGUAUUAUAAGGCAGAACUUUCUUUUAGUUGUGGUGCAAAGAUUCUAUUUGCUACUCUAGUCCCUUCCACCCUACAGAUAUUUGUCAUCUGUUUGUUAACAAAUGUAUCUCAAUUUAAAACACAAAACAAAACAAGAAAAGGAAAGGAAAAAUCUUUCAGCACUUUAAGGCAAAUUAGUUGAGAAUGUAAGGAGACUGGUCUUGUAAAAUGCAAAUAAACUGUUCAUUAACCUUUGA